UAAAAAAUAAAAUAAAGAUCUUGUAAAACUCUUGUCCGAGAGACCAAAGCCACAACCUCCUUUUCAUGAUUCUUUCCAAACUCCAUAACCUGUAAAAAGAUAUAUCAUCACUCCAGAGAGAGAGAGGGAAUGGCUAUGAAGAAUUUUUUCCAAGUUAGUUCGGUGAGCACCACCAGAGCUGGUGUUUGUCAUCCAUUUGCUCCUGUGGAAAAGCUUCAAUUGCCAACAUCUAAGGGACUGAACACAUCCAAUUUGUUAUUAUCUUCACCUUCUUCGUCCUUUCCUCCCUCAUUGAGAAGCAGAUGCCAAGAAUCCCGCAUUGUCUGCAAAGCUCGUGAAGCUGUAGAUGCAGUUCAAGUAGCGACAGAUGCAAGCUGGGAUGCUGUGAUUGGAGGUGACACCCCUGUUCUGGUGGAGUUUUGGGCACCAUGGUGUGGACCUUGUAAAAUGAUAGCGCCAGUAAUCGAGGAAUUGGCACAAGAAUAUGCAGGAAAGAUAGCUUGUUACAAAGUAAACACCGAUGACUGCCCUAGCAUUGCCACAAAGUACGGAAUAAGAAGCAUACCAACCGUGCUGUUUUUCAAGAAAGGAGAGAAGAAAGAAAGUGUAAUUGGAGCAGUGCCAAAGACCACCCUGUCUAGCUCCAUAGAGAAGUAUAUUGAUGUUUGAAAACAGCAAAUUAUGUAGAGCUAUGAUGGAGCUAUAAGGGAAUAGCUAUCAAAACACUUUCUUGCAUAAUGUAAAUGUCACUACGAAUUCAGUUCUUGCUCCAAUUGAUAACGCAAUGAGCAUCACUAUUUCUUCAGCUUA